CGAAGCUCUUUGUCCCAGAAGCCCAUUGUAUCGAGAGGAGGAAACCCUGUACGCUGGAGCAGCCAUCUUGAAUAGACAGAUCAUACUUGAGUCGGGAUAACCUGCACACCUCUUCUAAACAGCACCAGAACCCAAAGCUAAAAGACUUAUUAACUGAGCCAAGAUGGCAACUGCACCAUACAACUACUCCUACAUUUUCAAGUACAUCAUUAUUGGGGACAUGGGAGUUGGAAAGUCAUGUUUGCUUCACCAGUUCACAGAAAAGAAAUUCAUGGCAGAUUGCCCUCAUACAAUUGGUGUGGAGUUUGGUACGAGGAUAAUUGAGGUGAGCGGACAGAAGAUCAAGCUGCAGAUUUGGGACACAGCUGGACAGGAGCGUUUCCGGGCUGUCACCCGCUCUUACUACCGUGGAGCUGCAGGAGCACUUAUGGUGUAUGACAUUACCAGGAGAAGCACUUAUAACCACCUUAGCAGCUGGCUGACUGAUGCAAGGAAUCUGACUAACCCCAAUACUGUGAUCAUUCUCAUAGGAAACAAGGCAGACUUGGAGGCCCAGAGGGAUGUUACGUAUGAAGAAGCUAAGCAGUUUGCAGAGGAAAACGGUUUGUUGUUUCUGGAAGCCAGUGCAAAAACAGGUGAAAAUGUCGAGGACGCCUUCCUGGAAGCGGCUAAGAAAAUCUACCAGAACAUCCAAGAUGGCAGUCUGGAUCUAAACGCCGCAGAGUCAGGGGUUCAGCAUAAGCCAUCAGCCCCCCAGGGAGGUCGGCUAACCAGCGAACCCCAGCCUCAGAGAGAAGGCUGCGGCUGCUAAUGACCAAGCAAAAGCCCCCCUGUGCCCUUUCUUCCUGUCUGUCUACUCUGCCUUCCCCUCCUUAACACCUCCCUCCCCUCCCUCCAUCCAUUCCAACACCGCCGUACGUUCAUCCUUCAUUGCACCAGGAGCUGCAUGAGAGCGAGCUGCAGACUGAAGAAACGGGGGACAAAUGUCAACUUUCCAGCUCAGGCUGAGCUGAAUGGACCUCAUCUCCCUCUCCUCCUCCUCCUCUUCCUCUCUGCCUGUCUGUCCCCCUUCGUCACUGUCCUCCUCCUCAAAACUGUAUUUUUGUCCCAUAAUUCACUUCUCUUUUUCCCUCCAGUCUACCUGCACCGUUCAGCCUCGCGCCCCCUUCCCCAGUCAGUAGUAUUGUAGAUGCCGUCGCUCAUUACUGGUCACUGACACUUUAGGUAGAUCUAAUGUUAAUAUGAUAACAACAAAGCAGGACUGUUUUUUAUGUUUGGUUUUAUAACUAUAUAUGAAAUGUAAACACUGCAUUAAUGAUCAGUUGUGUAUAAGUGGGAUCUAAAUUAUGUUCCCUAAUCUUCUUGCAUGUUUAAAUAUUCCAUCGUUUUAUCAAAACAUGCAGAUGAAUAUUAAAGAGUUUUGAGGCAGAAGCAGCCAGACUGGUGAGGACUCAAGUGUUAGUUUGGUCAUGUGCAAACCUGGCUUUUUAUUGGUUGGUUUGGCCACUAUAUAAAGAAGAAAUCACAUGAGUCAAAAGAGAGAAGAACGGGAUUAGUUUAGGAAACACCAAACCACAAAUGUUAGCGAGUACCAGUACCUUGUUAUUCUCUCCUCAAUUCCCGACCAUGCCGAGGAAAUGGUUUCCCCUAUGCCGGUCUGCUCUGCAAAGUUGGAUGAACGUUUCUUUACUAAUAUACAAAGUUUUUCCCGUUGUUGAUAAAAGGAUCGAUUUACUAUGUAUCCCCCAAACCUCCCUGGUCAAAUCUGCAGAUUCUAUCUUUCCCAGCUUCUGUCAUUGUUUGUUGCCUUAUUAUAAUUACUUUAGUCUUUGUUUUUGCUGCUCAUGUUUUUCACUUUGCUGUUGGGUUCACUCUUCAUCAUCCCCCCCAAUAUAUAUAUAUUUUUUUUUUUAGAAAAGAAAAAAUUCUCAAAAUUGAUGCCAGAACUCGAUAAUACAUAUUUGUAAAUAUUAUCUCACUUUGAAAUCAACUGAAAGUCAAACUAAAAGGCCCUGCAUUCAUUUUUCUUGACCAAAAUGCACUGAAGAGCUGAUUUCUCGUCACUCUGGGUAGAGUUUACUCUGCCUCAUGAUGCAGCACUAAGAAUUAUCUUUAACAUGAAACAAUCAACUGGUUUCCUUUAAAAACAAACAAAAGUUAUGUACCAUAGAAAUUUCCUGAUUGGACAGCUGUACAUAUUGCUUCUUAACUGCCGGUGAUGACAUCGCUACUGUAUUUUGGAUUUAUUUGGUGGCUCAGCCAAGAUCUGUACAGUUGGUGUGCUAGUGGGUUGCCUGUAAUUCAUGCUUGGGGAAAUUCUGUAACAUAGUUUCUAUUAAUAAAUGUAUUUAAAGGACAGACACUUACACCACCGCCCUGCCUGCACACUACUGAUGCUGGGGAUUUAUUAUGAAGGAGAGGAAGACGAAUGACUAGAUGUGCAGUGUAUAUAUAUAUAUAUAUAUGUCAGCAAAUGUCAAUUCCUCUCAUGUCUAUUCGGAGUAGAUGAUGGGCAGGUUUGUUUUAUUCGAUUCCCCAACGUCAAGGUGGCCCCUGUAUUUGGGGUAAACCUACAUUGCUGUCUUGAUUUUUUGGGGGAGAAUUAGGUUUGCUAUUGUGGAAAAUGGAAGGGUGGGUGGGCGGGCUGGGGGUUUUUACUUCCUGUGUCCAACCUCUUUAAAGUUUUGAGUGACCACAUCCUGCUUUUGUCUGUCCACAAAAAUGAAUGGAAAAAAAAAAACGUACAUAUGUAUAAAUUUUUAAGGAGCUGUGCUAACAUUUAAAUGCGUUCUUGCGUGUAUAUGAUUUUAAAUUGUUGACAUUUUGAUUUAAAAAUAUUCUAGCCAGAAAAAUAAAUUAUAACCAAAA